CCAUGUCUGGAACACGCACCCUCUUCUGCCAUGUUACCACGGCGACCCGCGCCUUCGCCAUCUACUACCUGGUGAGUAUCCUGAUGGUUGCCGUGGAUCUAACUGUUGCGUUGAUCAGAGGGAAAGAACCAUUCAGCGUCAGUACCACCCAAAACAUGACCCGUGGACAGCACAUCUUUGAUGUCAGCUCCAGUUUCCUGAUGCUGUUCCUCAUGUCUGUCUCAUGUGGAUUUGUCCUCUUUGCUCGGCACAAGGGACCGUCCUCUGUGAUCCCCUUUGUGCUCUUGCUGUUUGUGGACGUGUGUUUGACCGUUCUCUCCCUGGCUGAUGGGCCCUGGGGCCUGCCUGGCACCCCCACAUACACGGACACCCUGAGACUUACUAACCUGGCCAGACACAAUGUUCCGCUGGAGAAUGCCGAUCUGUGCCGCUUCACCAUGGUCUUUGGAGUUCUCUUUGUGUUCUAUGUACUGUUCAAGGUGUACAUGUUCGAGGUGGCUCUAAGAUCGUACUAUGCAAUGAAGGAAGAGGAUGAGUCAGUUAAUCAGGGCAGUGGGAUUAGUGUAACGGUGAAACUACCGUCCUAUGAUGAGGCUCUUCAGGAGAAGCCAAAGGACACGCCCCCUGAAUACACAGAGCCCUGAAAGACAGGGCUACGGCCAUGCACUGCAUUACACUGUACAGAGUGUUCAACGCUUAGGCAGCAACACCAACACGUGCCUCCAUAAACACACACACACACACAUACACACAUGCACAUGCACG